CACCCAGGACGCCCCAGGAGUAUCUGAAGCGCGUCCAGAUCGAAGCAGCUCGAUGUCCUGAUGUGGUCGUGGCACAAAUAGAUCCCAGGAAAUUGAAAAAGAAGCCAACAGUAAACAUUUCAAUUUCUGGAUGUCAGCCUGCUCCUGAGGGAUACUCUCCAACACUCAAGUGGCAGCAGCAGCAAGUGGCAAAUUUCUCAGCUGUUCGUCAGAGCCUGAACAAGCACAGGAAUCACUGGCGGUCACAACAUUUGGACAGCAAUGUUACUAUGCCAAAGUCUGAGGAUGAAGAAGGCUGGAAGAAGUUCUGCCUCGGUGAAAGAGUAUACUCAGAAAUAGAUGCACUAUCUGAUAAUGAAAAUUUAGGAAUUGAUUACACAAAGGUGGGCUUUCCCCCUUUGCUAAGUAUUGUAAGCAGGAUGAAUCAGGCAACAGUAACCAGUGUCUUAGAAUACCUGAUAAGCUGGUUUGGAGAGAAAAAAUUUACUCCAGAACUGGGUAGAUGGCUUUAUGCACUGCUGGCAUGCCUUGAAAAACCUUUGCUACCUGAAGCUCACUCCCUUAUUCGACAGCUGGCAAGACGAUGUUCAGAAGUCAGGGCACUGGAGGAGAGCAAGAAUGAAGAACAAAUAUCAGCUCUGAACUUGAUAAUCUGCUUAGUUAGCAGGUACUUCAAUCAACGUGACCUGGCUGACGAGUCGUCCUAGGGUGUUGUGGGAGCAUGCAGUAUUUUGCAUUGCCACAGUACAAACAGCACUAUCAGAGUUAACAGCGAGACACUGCACGGUUCAGACCUGAAGUAUUACACAAUCCCUUCAGAACACCCUCACACUAAGGCAUUUGGGACAGCUGUGAAUAAGUUCAGCUGAAUUUUAGCUGAGAUUGACGUCUCCAAUACCAUCAUCACCAUCAUCAUAAAGUGGUAACUGAAGUGUUCAGCAUCAUCUCUCAAGCUCCUGUCUUUGUAAACUACAUGCCUGGUUAGAAAUUUCUACGAUCUGAGUAAUCUACAGACACUGCUAUUAGGUGACGUCUGAGGUUAUAAUACAAAUUAUUAUUCUUUUUCUAACAGACUUAUUGAGGACUUUUUUAAUAAAACUAUAGAAAUUUAAAGACUGUUCUUAAA